UGUGCUGAUGUGGAUGGCCCCAGUGUCGUCUGUUUUCUUGCUCCAACUGAAUUGGUGUUCCUUGCAGCUGUCAUGGCUUUGCAUCCAAACUGGCGAUCUCUUUCUACUGCCGUUUUCCAGUGGAAAACAUUUGUAAGAGAGGGAGACUCCUACGUUCCUCGUAAAGGAAAAACUGUUCCUGCUUCAAGCCAGAAUCUCACUGGUGACGAAGCUAAGCGGCUGUAUGAAGAAAUUGUGAAACAAGAACCCGAAAAGUCAUCGGUGGGGAAUGUAACUUCUGCAGCCACAUCUGCGGAAAUAUGUUUGAAAAAUGUGCGGCAUGCCAAUCUCACUGAAAGCUCUCCCGUGAGCAGCACGCCCUUGGAUGUAGACGGAACUACCUGGAUCAACAAUAUAAUGAAGGCUGCUCAAAGUAACGACGUUUCCAGCGUUUCGUCGUUAUUGAAAGGAAGAGAGAGUAACAUAAAUACUGUUGAUCAGUAUGGUUGGACAGUUCUGAUGUGCGCUGCUGCCUCAGGAUCUCUUGAUGUGGUAAAACUGCUCGUUGACAGCGGCGCUGACAUCGACGUGAAAGACAGAAGUGGGAAUAGUUCUUUGAGUAUUGCGGAAAAAAUGAAGCAUUUUCAUGUUGUUAAUUACAUGAGUUCUAGGCCCGUUUCAGAAGAGAAACCAAUAUCCCGUAGAAGAAAGGACGUAGGCUUGGGCCUUUUGGAGAAUCCUCAGCACAGCCUGCGAUUGUUGAGUGAAAUUGAAGAAAUUGGAGAAGAAAUUCUAAGAGAUCGUAAUGAAGUUGUAGCUCUGGACCGUAGGCGAAAUCAGACCAGAGAAGCUCUCAGAGCUAUACAGAAGUCUACUGCAGAUAAAGUUUGGGUGUCAGUUGGAUCUCUUUUAAUAAAGAUCCCAGAGAAGAAAGCCACUGAAAUGCUCAAAAGAGAUCAGAUUCAAGUUGACGUUGAAAUCAACAAAAUGCGCAGUGAACUGAAACUUAAAGUGAAUAAACUGCGUGACAUGGAACACCAAGCUCCAGUACCUGGUCUCAUGCUAAAUGCACUGACAUCUUCAGAAAUGGGUGCUAUAAAAACUGCAAUGGGUUUCAGUAACUGAAAAUUUCAAGCAGUGGUUCAUUGAUAUUAAAGAAAAACAAUUGUACAGUAUUGAUUGAUACGUAAGAAAUUUUACACACUCUGUGUUUUGUAUUGUAUACAACCCAGGAAUAAAUAUUAAAUGAGUUCUGGUGAGGAUGUGUUGAAA